CGCCGCCGGCAGCGAGGCGAGGAGGGAGGGGGGGAAGCGGAGCCCGACUGAGGGAGGCGAGGCGGCAAGAUGGCGGCCGAGGCGCUGCAGGGAGAUGGCCACAGUCAUCUGGUUUCUGAGUGCUUGAAUCUGGCCCAGAACCUGGACCUGUCGGAUACAACAGUGCAACAGAAGUUGGAUGAAAUUAAGGAUCAAAUCAAACGAGAAAUACGAAAGGAACUUAAAAUCAAGGAGGGAGCAGAGAACCUCAAGAAAGUUACAACUGAUAAGAAAAACUUAGCCUAUGUGGAAAACAUGCUGAAAAAGUCAAACAAAAAAUUAGAUGAGCUCCAUCAAGAACUACAGGAAUUGAAUGCACACAUUGUUGUGAAGGAUCCUGAGCUGGCAGAUUGUCCCAAAACCCCCGAUACUCCUAAUCAUGAGUCUACAGAAAAUAGCCGCAUUGCAGCCUUGAAGAAACAACUGGAUAUUGAACUGAAAGUGAAACUAGGAGCUGAGAAUAUGAUCCAGAUGUACUCCAAUGGAUCUUCAAAGGAUCGGAAACUGUUGGCUGCAGCUCAACAAAUGCUUCAGGACAGUAAGACAAAAAUACAAGUUAUAAGGAUGCAAGUUCUCAAGUCUACACAGACUAGUGAAACAGCCUUUGAAAAUUCAGACGGCAUAGUGACAAAACCUGGGAUAAGCCCCCUUGAGCUUAGAGCUGAAGAGCUUAGGCACCAUUUCAGAAUAGAAUAUGCAGUGGCAGAAGGAGCAAAGAAUGUGAUGCGACUUCUUGGGUCUGGAAAAGUUCCGGACAAGAAAGCACUUUCAGAGGCACAAGCAAGAUUUAAUGAAUCAAGUCAGAAGCUGGAUCUUUUAAAAUAUUCAUUGGAACAAAGGUUGAAUGAGCUUCCAAAAAAUCAUCCAAAGAGCAGUAUUAUCAAAGAUGAAUUAUCAAUGGUUUCAUCGCCAGCCUUAAGUCCACGCCAAAGUGCGAUUUACCCUCAGAAUCCAUACAGCACACUGUCAAAACCCGCAGCAUUAACAGGUAGCUUGGAGGUUAGACUUAUGGGCUGUCAAAACCUGCUAGAGACAGUCCCAGGUCGGUCAAAAAAUACAUUUGUUCCUUUACCUGGCUGGAGUCCAAAUGAAACCAGAUCCUCCUUUAUAAGCAGAACCAGCAAGAGUAGGGGUGGAAAUAGCCGCUAUCCUGUCAAAACUGAAGAUUUGUCCAAUGAGAUCGGUGCUGUACUAAAGCUAGACAAUACAGUUGUUGGACAGACUGCUUGGAAGCCAGUUAGCAAUCAGUCAUGGGAUCAGAAGUUUACAUUAGAGCUAGAUCGGUCACGUGAACUGGAGAUCUCUAUUUAUUGGCGUGACUGGCGUUCUCUUUGUGCUGUGAAAUUUCUGAGAUUAGAAGACUUCCUAGAUAAUCAACGACAUGGAAUGUGUUUAUACCUGGAGCCACAUGGUACACUGUUUGCAGAGGUCACCUUUUACAAUCCCGUGAUUGAAAGACGACCAAAACUCCAAAGGCAAAAAAAGAUUUUUCCAAAACAGCAAGGCAAAACAUUCCUUCGAGCGCCUCAGAUGAAUAUUAAUAUUGCCACUUGGGGGCGACUGAUGAGGAGAGCCGUUCCUACAGUAAAUAGUUCUGGCACCUUUAGCCCUCCAGCCUCUAUCCCUGCUGCUGUACCUGUGGAUGUUGCUCACUCAGAAAAUACAGAAUCCACUGGAGAUCUACCAGUAGCAAAGUUAGAAUUUGACCCUGAGCCACCGCCCGCUCCACCACGAGCUUCCUCUCUGGGAGAGAAUGGAGGAACAACAUCAGACAUCAGGAUCUCAGAUCAGCAUGUUCAGGAUGCACUCUCAACUUUUGAUUUUCUUAUCGAUAGAAACAGUAUUGUUCCAAAAGUUGAGAACAACGUAAUUUCAACAUCUGAUGUACUGCACUCAGAUCUAGACUUCCGAACAAUCUCACAGGCAGACAAUCAACGAACACAACAGAGAUUCCAGUUCAGUCUUAAGGACUUCAGAUGUGCUGCUGUGCUUGGCAGAGGACAUUUUGGAAAGGUUCUUCUUUCUGAGUAUAAAGUCACUGGUGAAAUGUUUGCAAUCAAGGCCUUGAAGAAAGGUGACAUUGUAGCCCGUGAUGAGGUGGAUAGCCUUAUGUGCGAGAAGAGAAUUUUUGAGACUGUGAACAGUGUCCGGCAUCCAUUCUUGGUCAAUCUAUUUGCCUGUUUCCAGACCAAAGAUCAUGUAUGUUUUGUAAUGGAGUAUGCUCCUGGUGGGGAUUUGAUGAUGCACAUUCAUGCUGAUGUUUUCUCAGAACCCAGGGCUGUAUUUUAUGCUGCUUGUGUGGUUCUUGGGUUGCAGUAUUUGCAUGAACAUAAGAUAGUUUACAGAGAUUUAAAGUUAGAUAACCUGUUGCUGGAUAGUGAUGGCUAUGUGAAAAUUGCAGACUUUGGCCUUUGUAAAGAGGGUAUGGGUUUUGGAGACCGAACAAGCACAUUUUGUGGCACUCCUGAAUUUCUUGCUCCAGAAGUGCUUACAGAAACAUCCUACACCAGGGCAGUGGAUUGGUGGGGACUUGGUGUUCUUAUCUAUGAGAUGUUAGUUGGUGAGUCUCCAUUUCCUGGGGAUGAUGAAGAAGAAGUGUUUGACAGUAUUGUAAAUGAUGAAGUUCGAUAUCCCAGAUUCUUGUCUACAGACGCAAUCUCCAUUAUGAGAAGGCUUCUACGAAGAAAUCCAGAACGACGUCUUGGAGCAAGUGAAAGGGAUGCAGAAGAUGUCAAAAAACAAGCAUUCUUCAGACAUAUUGAAUGGAACAGUUUAUUAUCAAAGAAGGUAAAGCCCCCCUUCCAGCCCAUCAUUCAAGGUCGAGAAGAUGUCAGUAACUUUGACGAAGAAUUUACCUCAGAGGCACCAAUUCUUACACCACCUCGGGAGCCAAGGAUCCUCAUUGAGGAGGAGCAAGACAUGUUUAAGGAUUUUGAUUAUAUAGCAGACUGGUGUUAGGACAAAACAGCAUAUUUUUAUGGAGUAGAAACUGUGAAUUCCUUGCUGACUGUAGCUCACAGAAACACCCGUAUGAGACAAAUAGUGGUUACUUCCAGACCUUACUGCAGUCUGUGCCAUCUGUAAUCCUCAAAUCUCAUGUAACUGAAACUUUCUGAAAGAAUAUCAUAACCACAGUGAAGAGUGGCAAUGUAGGAUCUGUCAGAUCUGUGACCACUGGGAAAGUUUGGGGCUGAAUAACAUUGGUUUAUUGCAGUGCUCACCCUGGCUGGAAUAAAGCCAGAAACCCCAGUAUGGACUUUGCACUGUUCAUUAAUGUAACUACUACAAUUUUUUUUCUUACUCUGAACUUCACUUUAUGAAUGAUAACCGCUGCCUUAAUUAUGAAAGGAUAUUGUUAGAAUCAUUCCGUGGGCUAAAUUGAAAACUACUUUCCUGUCUCUGCUGCCUCUCCUUUUCCCUCCCCACAUUACAGCUUCAUUUUGAGUGCUAUUGGCUGAUGACACCAGAGUAUGGUCUCACCUGGCAGAAGGUAGCUACUGUCUUGGACUGCUGAUAAAAUUACUGUGUGACCAAGCAAUGUGUAUUUUAAAACAAGUUACCUUGCACAUUAUUUGAUCUGAUUAUGAUUUAAAAUCUAGUUUAAUGCCUUACUAUAAUGUUGUAAAUUUUAAUUGUAUUUAUUAUGUAGCUUAAAAAUGUGCCUUAUCUUUGUGAGGCAGCACAAAGUGCUUCCAGGCAGAAUAUUACAGGUACUGAAAGCCUACCAAAGCCACUUGCCAAACAGCUACAUCACCUCUUUGUUCCUGACCUGUAUGUAAAAUGGUGCCCCCCCCAGCCUUUAGCAUUUCAUGAAGAUACAUUUGUGUGUAAGUAUUCAUAAGUCUUAAGUGUGAAGAACUAGCCAGAACUGAAAAAACUGCUGUUUUAGCUGUUUUCACACUUCAGUUUUCAUAGCCCAGAUUGUUGGGAUGUAUAAUGAUCACAGAACAAGCAUUAGAUUUUAUAGUUUGUAUAUCGUUUAGGUCAGUGGAUCCUUUCUUUUUAUCUGCUGUACAUGAUGACCAUAUUAGCUUUUCUUGGAAAUGUAUACAUUGCUGUCAGUGUAAGUUUGAAAUUGUAUUUUAGUUUACAAGAAUUGUGUUCAUGUUUAGUAUAACAGCCAUAUGAAAAUUUAUUUUUUUUAAAUGGCCCUUGUAACUAAUGUUAAGCCAUUAUAAUUCAGUUCAAACAAUUGUCUGCAACAGCCUACAAGGAUACUGUUGAUAACGGUUGUAUAUUUUAAAUUGAAAGAAAACCUAUUCAUUUUGAUAAUCACAACAGGCUGUAUGCCAAAACUGCACAAGUACCAUCUACAUGAUUUAUUUAAACAUAAGCUGCUGUUUCCCAUUUUUCACAUUAUCCUGUCCUUGGUCACUGAAGGUGGCUAUAGCAAUAAGUACUGCAAUAAUUGGAGCAGCAAAUGUACAUUUUAUAAAGAACAGUCCAUGUAAAUAGUAGGGUUUAUUCUUGAGAGUUUUAAAAGAUUUUUUUAAAAAAAUACAGCCUGAGUAAAUGGCUAGAAAAGGUCUGUUUCCAAAGUGUAUAGAGAUGAAACUUUUUUUUAAAAUAAGUAAAUCACUAAUGAUGUAGAGGGCAGGGUAAACUACAGAUGAUCUUAAAAAGCACUAAUUUUAACGAUACACCUUUUUUUAAACAUCAUCUGAUUCAAAGUGAGAAUGUUGUAGAUUGUACAUGUUCCUAUAUUGCUAUAUGCAUUAUAAAGUGUCUGCUUAAGCACUUUGUAAGAUGAGGCAUGUUUUGGAAUGGUACACUACUAUGCAUUAACAUAACAUGCCCAACAGUUCUUGACUGAAAAACACUUAAGAGGGUUUCAGUCAUUAUGUAUCAAAUGCACAAAAUUAAAGGUUUCUUUUUUAAGUAGGGCAGCCUGUUCCAACUCAUUUGUGUACCUACACUAAUUCUUUCAGGAAACUUUAAUCCAUUUGGUCAUGUCUUGCCUAAAUUCUAUUGGAAGGAAAGUUUUAACAAUUUCUUCAUUGGCAUCAGACAAACCCCAAGAUGGGAAAAUGAAUCAGUGACUAAAGUUUCUAUUAAUGCCACUAAGUACUGGGAGGAAGAGAAAUGUGUGUAUAUUGUAACCAUUAAUUUCUAUCUCAUCUCCAUCUGAGCAAAAAGGGACAAUGUAAGAGAGGGAGUGCUCAAUUCCCCAACACCCCAAUUUUACCUUCAUGUCCGCAAAGGAAGGACAUUUUGUAAUUUAUGAAGCAUGUUAAUUUGUUCACAUUUAUUCACUUCCAUAUGUGCAAUCACAAGAAAGAUACAUACAGAUGUCAUUAACUUCCUUUAAUGGCCAUCAAAACAUCUAUGUGCCAAGGAAUUACCAAUACAUAACAUUUAAAAUGUAGAAACAAACUACAUUAGUUAACCUCUCACUCAAACAAAUUAUAAAUGCAACUUGAUUAGUUUUCAGCACACUAAGAAAUACAUAUUUUAGAAAUCCUUACAUAAUGCAACAAAGUUAUGCUCAAAAUAAGCACCUUAACAAUUAGCCCAUUGAAACAAAUCACAUUUUAAUGUAAUUUAUCUUGCAUUUAAAUAGAUUCUCCAAAAAAGUUACAGAAUAUCAAUAUCAAGCUCUAGAACUUUUAAGUUAUUCCAAAGAUCUCAAUCUUAAACUGCACAAAUAAAUUCAACUUUCAAAGCUGAGCAAACUUUUCUUUGUAA